AUGACAGACGCCAUCCUCGGGCAGGUCCGCUUGGCGAUCCCGGAAAUCCCUUUUUCUGUGGUAUCCCAAGGUGCUGAAGCCUUGGUCCUUUCCACUCCUGUGCAUCCAUACUCCGAAAGCCGGGGCAAGAACUAUAUUGUCAAAUAUCGCCCGCCAAAACCAUAUAGACAUCCCAAAAUCGACGCAAGCAUUACCAAAUCACGGACUGUUGGCGAGGCGAAAUUCAUGGUUCGCUUGAAUCGUGUUGGUAUACCUGCACCGACUCUUAUUCUGCUUGAUGCUACUAAUGGCGUCAUUUGGAUGGAAAGCAUUGGCGAAACACUCAGCUCGGGCGAAGUUUCUUCAUUGAAAAAUUACUUGUGGCAUUUGGAGAAAAGUGGACAGGACUGCCUUGGCAGUGAAGUGGAGCACUUGUGUAAGGAAACGGGCCGCGUCAUUGGUCGUUUGCACAUGAACGACAUGAUACACGGUGAUUUGACCACUUCCAACAUUAUUUUGCAGCAGAAGGAGGCGAUGCUCAUUGACUUUGGUCUUUCUUCCUACUCUAACUUGGCUGAGGACAAAGCUGUGGAUUUGUACGUGAUGGAACGAGCCGUGUCCAGUACGCAUUCGGAUUAUGCUGAGAAGUAUACAGACUGGUUAUUACUGGGAUAUGCUGAUGCACACAAGGGAAAUAAGAAGCUACGGGAAACUCUUCGGAAGUUGGAAGAUGUGCGCUUGCGGGGACGCAAACGGUCAAUGUUGGGAUAA